AUGACGUCCAACUCCGCUUCUCAAUUAUCUGGUGACACUCCCGUUCAUGUGAAAAAUGAUGUCAAUAACAGAAAAACCUCCCCGCAAAAAUCCCAUGCUGCUCUGAACACUACUGAAACACCCUAUGGGCCGAAAACCGAGAUCUCUCGUCUUUCAAAUGAGACUGCCAGCCUUUUAGAAACUGAGUAUGGGGCUGAUGUCCAGUCUGAACUUGUUCCUCCCGGGCAAGGAGGCGAUUUAACAGGUUGUCAUAAUAAGCCGGCCCAAUCCGCAGCCCAAGGAGAUCUUACGGGGCCUACACCUAAUGGCCAAAAUUCUAGCUCACCUGCAAGUGCCAACAGUCACAUUAGGGGGUCAAAUCUAACUCCCCCACGGUCGCGGACGAAAGAGGCUAAACCACGACCGAAGUUAAUGUUAAAUUCAAAUAUUACAAAACAGCCGAUGUCUGCAGACACAAGGCCCAACCCCGUAACUUCGAAGCAAGUUACCCUCCGGAAAGAUACUUCGUGGAAAAGACCUUCGUUUACGUCUCAGCCCUCAGAAGAGGACCUUUUUUACAUGUUGAUCCGUAGGCUCAAAAAGAGGGAUGAGAUGGAAGCAGAAGCAGUGGCCAUUAAAAAGAGGAUGGAAGGCAAAAUGCUUGAACUUACCCGAGCAAAUGAUGACUUGUCCUGUAAAUUGCAGGAAUCGGAGAUUAUUUGCAAAAAUCAACAGGAACAGCUUAACGCUAGAAAUUCAAUUAUUGAACGAUGGAAGGUGAAAUUUAAUAGGCUGCGGGCAUUUGUUACCAACGUUGGGAAUGAUUUUGAAGUUCUCCGGAAAGAAGGACAAAUCCUCAGAUCGACGCAAGACUCUUUGCUCCGGGAGAAAGAGGAAAUAAACGAAACCUUGAAACAAAUGAGUGAUAGUACAGACCUACUAAAAACACGCUGGAGCCAGCAAUGCGCAACUAUCACUGGAGCACGGCUGGAAUUUGAUAAUCUAGAGAAGUCUCUACUCACGGCGACUUCUACAGUAACUGAGACUGAAAAACUUCUUUCUAGGGAGAGGAAUCGGGUGGCAACACUGGAAAACUACGUGAAGAAUUAUUCUGACAACCAUCGCAAGCAGACUGCAGAACUCGACGAAAAGCAAUUCCAAACGAUAACAAAACUAGACGCGAUCCACAAGCAACUUGAAUGUUGGAAUUUCUCACAGUCUUCCAUCAAGGGCGAAAUGGAGUCCGGGUUUAGCUCAUGUAUGUCGUUGUUGAAUUCUCUCAGCCAGCAGCAAAGCGUGAAGCCCCAAGAUCUGGAUAAGGUGGAUAGUGCAAUUCGGGAUCUUGCUACUCAACUUAAUUUAUCCAUCGAAGCUUGGAAAAAACACAUGGAGACGGCUUUCGAUAUGCACACGAACUACGGACCACGGUUGUCAACUCAGUUAACAGGCAUAGAGUCAGCUGUGAACUCAAACGCAGGAGCGGUAUGUCAACUUGCAGAAGUUCGUGAAUUGUACGGAGGCCUUCAGGAAAAGCUGAAUGCCGCCGAGAGAAGCUUGGCUGAGGUGUCUGCGGAUCGCGACAAAGUUAAAUCACAAGGAGAAUCCCUACAACGACAUAUUCGGGACCUCGAACUUGAGAUAUCAUCGCUACAAAAGAACGAAAUUGACGAAACUCAUUUCAAGGAUGCAGGUAUGUUGUCGGAUCUUCGCAUCCAACUUGAGGCAACCUCAGCAGCCCUUACCGAAGUAACAAAGGAGCUCAAAACGAAAGAAAGCGAAAUGCGUGAUAUGAAACAAAAGUUGAGGGAGACAAUUGAAAAGUUGGGAACUGCAGAAAUUGAGAUUGUGGACCUUAAAAGCAAAAGCCUCAGGAUUCGCGACGAAGCCCAGAAGACGGAGCAUAAAGUGAGAGAGGAACUAACAAGGGCAAAUUUGGCGGCGAAGGAUCAGCACCGGGCAUGGUUCGAACAGGAGCAGCAUAAACUCCAGCGUGAAAAGAUUGUUGCCGAAAAGAAUGCCCAGAAAGCUUCUGAGGAGUUAAACUCCGUGAAAUGUUCACUGCAAUCUGCGGAGAAGUACAAUCUCGAUUUAAUUGCAAAGAUGAAUGAACAGCAAUCGGAAAUUGAUAGUUUGAAAAUGACGGUCUCUAAGAGGGACUCGGAUAUCUCCACAGAAAUGAAUGAGAUAAAAAUGCUGCAUACAUCCACUAUUCAAGAGCUACAGGACGCGCAAGGGCAACUUGAUGUUGCAGCAAACGAAAAGGAAGAGCUGAAGCAUAAACUAUCCGAAUUACGCACUAGCCUGGUGAUCCUACAAGAGCACGAACCCUUGCAGGAGGCACUUGAGGCCCUACAGUACGAAAUUGCAGAGAAGGAUAUAAACCUUCUGUCAUUGAAGGAAGAAUUGUCAAAAUCAGAAGCGAACAAUAAGAGGAUCUCUCAGUUUCAACAAGAAUUGGUUGAUAAAUCCGCUGAAAUUGCUAUCUUACGCGAGAGGUUAGAUAAUCAAUUGGCUUCGAACUGUUCAAUGGAGGAAUCAUUGAGGGAGAAGAAUAACGAGCUUGUUAUCCUUAAAAAGAAAAUGGAGGCGUGUGGAGAAUUCUCUGCUGAUACUUCAACGCUAAAUGGCGAUGUCGAACAAAGAAACAAUGAACUUGCAGACCUUCGAUCUCGAAUUCAAGCAGCCGAACAUAUUUUCGAAUAUGCGGAAAGCAUUUUAAAGCAGCUUGGGAUCAUUGGGAUUGAGGAGUCGCUGAGGGGAUGCUCAAACGAAUUACAAUCACGAUUAAGGAUGAUGGCAGGGAGCCUUGAAGAACGACAGCCAGAAGAGCUGACAGAAUCACUUCAUAUACCUAUGAGGACCUCAUCAAAGCGACAAAGAACAGGCAGGAAAUGCACGAUGUCUUCUACUUAUGCCGAACGUACUGGGCCUGGUUCUUCUACUAGAGAGUCCCAAACCACUGAGUUAGUGUAUCGGACUCGGAGUACUCGGGAAACUACAUCCCCAACUUUGAAAACUCCUUCUCGACGUAAAAAUGUUAGCAAGAGAUGUCCUACGGCCUUGACGUCUUUUAUUAGGCCAUUCUCUCAAUUUCAAAAGGAUUCAACGCCAUAUCUAGGACAAAGAGAGCAAACAUCUCCGCUCUCAGAAUUCACAGACCUGAACAUAUUAUUCCCAUCAACACCUAUGAAUUCCGAAAAUGUCGGUUCUGAUCGGACACCAAAUAUAGCAACACAAGGUUCCACAUAUAGCAACAAAGCCAUGCUUCCUCACGAAGUUGGUACAACAAAUGAACGAAUCACUCCAUCGAUUUCAAAUUCUGUCAAUGAUGUUAUGUGCAUGUCGGGUCUCGAUAAAGACUGUAAACAGCCCGGAGACCCUAUUGUGCAAAAAUCUCCCUGUGAGGCUAUUCGAGGCGGUCCUGCUCCAGUGGCCAGUACUCCUAACAGACGUGGGCACGUUAAAAAUGCUUGCUCCAAAAAUAGUCCUUGCUCUCCGCUUAAGACGCGUUCUAGCACUCUCAAAAGGAAAGAAAUUCCCGAGGAUGAAACGCACACAAUGGUUGCGAAGUCUGUGGGUAGGAAACAUGCGGAGAAGCCGCCUCGCAAAGGGAUUCUCAAAGGUACAACCAAGCCAAACGCAUCUACGGUAGCGAGUGCAGUACAAACUCCACCGCAUGCCACCAACGGGGAGGACCCGAUGGGCGCAAGUCCAAAAAUCACAUUUAGAUGCCCGUCUCGAAAAUCUAAAUAUUUCAAUCCAACAACUAGCCCAGUCGCCUCGAUCACGGCGAGAAGGGGACGAUGUGGGAGCACGGCCAAAAUGUUGAGUGCACCCGCUGGACGGACAAGAGAAAGGCCUCGCAGGAAACAGCGAGCACUAGAUGUUAAUCUGAACAGGUGA